AUGUUAGUUCUUUUUGAGCAUUGCACUACUAACACUAUGGAAAGAAAAGUGUUUGUACUCAUUUCUUUGUUUAUCUCCCAUAUUGCCGCACGAGGAAUUGCCAAUAACAGCUUGCUUGAUAUAGCCUGCGGAAAACAUCAAGUGUUUAAAACUUGUGGUAAAUGUGUUAAGACGUGUUCCGAUCCCAACCCCACAUGUACAUCCGCGUGUCUCGCCGGAUGUUUCUGUGAAGAUGGUUAUGUCAUGGCUCCCAAUAAUAGUUGCGUCUACUUACAAAAUUGCCCCCAAGAAAAAUGUUCUGAUAUCAAUGAAGAGUACACCUGUCGUUACGGAUGCGAAGUUCGCUGUGUGCCUCACGCCUGCGUGCGCCCGCGCAGGUGUCGCCUCGGCUGUCACUGUAAGAAAGGACUUUACAGGAAUGCUCAAGGGCAAUGCGUCCCCGCUGACAAGUGUUUCGAUGAAUCUAAAGCAGUGCCC